GGGGAUCUCCCGGUACGCCCGUGACAGUAAAGGAAGGGGCGAGCGUGUGGCGAUGGAUCCCGCUGCAAAAGGGCCAUCCUAAAACAGAAGGGCAUCGUGUGAGAGGAAACCCAAUCCCAAACAUCAUCUUUUUUCACUGAAACUGUAGAAACAACAAAACAUCCUAGAUUGUUAAACUGGCAGCAAGGCCCUCACCGACAUCUCCUGCAAAGCCACUCGCUCUUCCUGGACCCUUCGCUUGAUCACCGCUGUUUCUGGGCCACAACAAGUUAAUAAAUCGCCAUCCCAGGUUGUUGUUCCACACCGCACACUCUGAAAGUAACAAUCCCUCCAGGGCUGCCCCACCGUCCCAUCGGGUGUACCCUCCCUCUAGGUCUCGCCUCUUCUUCGACUCUCCUUUCCCUGCUGCUCCUCGAGAGUUUUGUCUGCUAGUCGAAGUCGAUCUCUGUAUUCGCCUACCUCCCUCGAUUUUGUUGAGUUGUUGGCGUGCCCCCACACUCACAGACAGGACGAUUUAAUAAUUGCAAUUGUCCUGACCAUUUCCACGCCCCGCGACCCCGCGCUCCCUUUAAAUAACGAAUUCGAUUGCCCCUGAAAACCGACCGUCUCCCUCUUUCAACAUCUCACAAGCUCCCGCGCAACAUACAGAUUCGAAAAAGAUUGAACUAAUGGCUGUGGGUGGUGAGAACGGUGUUCUCCCCAACGGCGGCGGUAACCAGUCGAACGGGGCUGGCGACCAUCACAUCCGUCGAAUUCCGCUUUCUUACGACGGUGCCAACUCCGAAGAAUCAGCCCUUGAACUCGUCCUCACGAUCCGCCCAGACUGGGCCGAUACUGCGUCCAACAAGGUCGAGUUUGUGCGCUUCACAGAUGGCAUCACCAAUACCCUGCUGAAGGCGGUCAACAAGCGCCCAGGGCUCUCCAAGGAAGAGGUGGACAGCGAGGCUAUUCUGCUACGUGCCUACGGUAACGGCACCGAUGUUAUUAUCGACCGGUUCCGUGAGACGCAGAACCAUGAGCUGCUGAUGAGACAUGGACUGGCCCCAGAGCUGCUUGCGCGCUUCGAGAACGGGAUGAUGUACCGCUUCAUCCAGGGAUCGCCCACUCAGCCCGAAGACCUGCGCAAGCCCGUCAUUUACAAGGCUGUAGCGCAACGUCUGGCUCAGUGGCAUGCUGUGGUUCCCUGUAUCAAGGCUCCCACCGGACACAGCCGCAAGAACUCGAGAGCAGAUGGGCCUGUGACGUUGGACAGCAACCUCGGGGAUGCCGAGUUUCAGAAUGUUAUCGACAAUGUUGCCCCAGGAAAGCCGCCCCCGAAUGUGUGGACUGUGAUGCAGAAGUGGAUCUUUGCUCUGCCUACAGAUACGGAGGCGCAAAGGGCUCGUCAAGCCGAGUUGCAAAAGGAGCUUACAUGGCUGGUCUCGCAGCUGAGCCAGCGGCCCGGCCUGGGUGUGAACGGGUUGGUCUUUGCGCACUGCGACUUGCUCAGCGGCAAUGUUAUCGUUCUCCCCAAAACCUCACAGGGUGUAACAAAAGGUGACAAGGCUACCGAAAAUGUCACCUUCAUCGAUUACGAAUAUGCUACCCCGUCCCCCGCAGCCUUUGACAUCGCCAACCACUUUGCUGAGUGGGGCGGCUUCGACUGCGACUUCAGUGUUCUUCCCACUCGGGCUCAGAGACGCCAGUUCAUUGACGAAUACAUCCGCGCCUACUUUGCUUACCGGGAAGAGAAGAAGCCCGGUGCUGCUGCUGGUGUUGACCAGAAGGCCGAGGUGGAACAGCUACUCACAGAGGUUGACCACUUCCGCGGCGUCCCAGGGUUUUACUGGGGCAUCUGGGCUCUUAUCCAGGCCGAGAUUUCCACCAUUGACUUUGAUUAUGCCUCGUACGCCGAGAUCAGGCUCGGAGAGUACUAUGCCUGGAAGGACGAGGUGACAGGCACAAGACAAAAAGACGGAAAAGAAGCACCCCUCAGAGAAAGGAGAUGGGCUCAGGAGGAGUAAAAUAAACUGUGUUGUCAUUGUUGUUCAUCUGGGCGGUGCUCGGUAGAAUUUCGGUGUCGUUUUCUGCAUUGCAUACAGCCAUUUUUCUCAAGAAAAGGGUGGCGGGCGGGCGUGCGUGGAGUCAUGAUUGGCUUUUGAGCUUUGGUUCUUGAUUAGAGCGUUGGUUUUUCUAAGUUAUUUUUGCAUGCGGGCGUGGGAAAACUUUUGGGGCGAACAUUCAACAUGGGCUCGGGAUAUGCUUUUUUCUUCCUUCACGACGGACGAUUUGAUGGACAAGGGGGAUGGGGACGGGGGCUUUUUUUUUAAUACCUACGGGUUACUUAGAGGAGGGGUCUAUUGGGGCUGAGGG